UAGAUUUUCUUAAUUUAUAUUCAUUCUUCUAUAUUAAAUCUUUUAAGGAGUAAGGAAAUACAACUAUUACUGUAAAAGUCUAUGAUUUUAAAAGUCUAUAAUUAUUCCAGUGGCAUAAGGACAUUUUGCUGUUGUAGUCGUUCAUCCUUGACAUUUAAUGAGUUUUAUGUUCUGAGAUGCUUUUGUGCACACAACUGUGUGACUAUUUGAGUUGCUGUCACCUUCCUGCCAGUUUAAAUCAGCCUGGCCACUCUGCUCUCACCUCUUGUGCUUCUGCCCCACAGAACUGCUGUUUACUGGACUUUUUUGUUUGUUUUUCGCAAUAUUCUCUGUGUGCUCUAGAAACUGUUAUGCAUCACAAUACUAGGAGAGCAGCUGUUUCCAAAAACUCGAAUCAUUCUCUCUGACACCAGCAAAGAGUCCACAGUAGAUAAUAUUUCUUCCCAAUUCUGAUGUAUGAUCUGAACAUUAACUGAGGCUCUACACCAUUGUCUGCAUAUUGACUUGCUGCCUCAUGACUGAUGAGAUAUUCGGAUUAGUGUUCAGGUAAACUAGGGCUCCUAAUAGUGUCCACUGGGUGUUAUCUAAGUAGGCUACACUCCAACCUUGUCCACUCUGCCACUGAAAAGAAAAGUCUGCACUGUAAAAAUAAACCUGAACACAAAACACAAUAUGCUAAAAGAAUGAAAUUGCACUUUAUUAUUCUGUACUCCUGUAUUUUAUCGUUAAUAUACAAAUAUGCUGCACAGUACCCAUAGCAGCAAUAUAAACCUGUAAUAAUAAUGCCCUAAAAAUUAAUGUAAAGUAAUAGAAACAAAAAAUAUUUGUUUAUAUGCUUCAAACACAUUUAUAACAUAUAAUAAUAACUGAAAAUUCCACCCCCUGCACCAACAAUAAAACCUUCUGUAGCCAAUUGCGUGAGAGAUUGACAAAAGGCAAUGUUCUAACCUAUUUACUCUUUAUUUUAUUGAAUAUAAAUUAAUAAUAAAUGUAAUAUGUGAAUCUAAUUCCAAAGAUCCAAAAUUCAUUUAACAGCAUAAAUCUUGUAGACAACUGAUUUUUCUAAAAUAACUUCAGCUUGUCAGAACUUUUUUUCUUCUUUGUUUGUUUGUAGUUUAUGCACCAGUUUGUUUUACCUCUUUGUUCUCCUUUUUCUUCAACUUGUUCUUCGCAGUGAUACACAGUUUACAUUCUCCACUUCCUCAAAACACACCGUUUUCCCCCAUGGUGAUUGUGACGUACCACAUGAUCACAGUUGAUACCACAUACACUCAGGUGCAAUCGGAUCCACUUGGGUAUUGAACAUAUUGAUAUUCAGACGUUAGACCCGUGGCAGUAAAAGGAGACCUGACCUGAUCCAAAUAGACUGAUCCUAAUAGACUUUAGUCAAACUGGAGGGAAGCUGUGUUCAGAAAUGGCUGUGGCCUGCAACAAGAGGUGUAUUCAUCCAAGAGUUUGGCUUCUAUCUUAAUUUUGAUCAAAAUGUAAAAUUGGCUGUUCAGAGUGCCACCAUGCGGUUAGGUUUUUGUUAUCUGAACAUGUGAUACUUUGAAUGUCUGAUGUGUGUACGUGUUUGGCUUCUGAGCUCGAGGCUCUUUUAAAGGCAGAAGCGUAAUAACUACAACAACUAUUCAAAGACGGGUGCCUGCAGGCAGGCAGGCUGAAAAACAAGCAGAACAAGGAAACAGAAAAAAAACAAACAUGGUAUUUAAGACAGGGGCACGUAUAGAAGGACUCCACAUAGGUUGUUAGGCAAAUAGCAUUUGACAGGCAGAGUGAGAACAGGUGAGUAGGUGUAUGUGGGAGUCAAGACAGCAUUUGGUGGGCAAUCGACAGAAUACAUGAAUGGGCCGGGGGGAGAGUAGUAAGGGCAGAUUGAGGAAAAUCAAAACCACUGAGAUAACUGUUGUGACAAAUAGAAAAGCACCAUGUCGGGGCGGUGCGAUGUGGGAGUGGUUAAGAAGAACAGGCUUCAACAAGAAUCAUUUCCCAAUGUAAAGCAAAGAAAACCAGCAAACCAGCAACAUACACUCCACGAUCAAUCUGAGUUUACUGUGUUCCUUAAAAAUGAAUCUCUGCUGAGAUUCAACCCAGAUCUGUGCAUAAAAAGAUGCAGAAGCAUACAGAACAUCAGAUCAAAUAUAUUAUCAGAUCUCUCUCUCAUCAUGGCUGUACUCUUUCAGAUAAGUAAAAAAAAGUAAAAAACCUGAAACCUGAAACUCAGACUUUGAAUUUGACUGUUUACUAUAUUUGUUUACAGCUGGCAAACGUUCGGCAUGCAGUAUCAGUCCAAAAGACAAACGUAUUAAAGCCUCCCAACAGGCUCAGUACCCAACCAAGUUUAUGAAUCAAUUAUGUUAUAAAGUCUGAAGAUGUUCACAGACAACUAAAAAUUCUGGUGAUUUUGAUACAGAUGACACAUCCUGAUUCACAGAUCUUCUCUGUUGUUAAGAUAAAUUAAGUGUAAAUUUAGCCUACAACUGCAGUCAUUUAUUAGUGAUACAAAAACUGAAAAUAAAAUUAAAAGAUAUUUUUGUCUGUUUAAUACUCCACAUAUGGGCUGCCACCUCAGGCCAAAGAUUUUCACCCACACAACACCUACUGAGUAAUUAUUUUCUUGUUAGUAAACCUUGAAAACAAAUAACAUUUGAGUUACAGACACAACCUGGACGUGUAUCUGCAGUGACAUCAUAAGAGUUAGGAUACUCCCAGCACUCUACCAGUGGGUGCUUGGUAUCCCGGCCGUGGUCCACCUGUCUGUCCUCUCCUCUUCCUCCCUUUUUUGAGCCACAGAUGAAGACUGAUCCUCAAUCAUGAAGGCCAGAGCUUGUAGAGAAACAGUGGUCCGCUUUUGCUGUUCGAAGUUUGCUGCCAUCUUCCUUUUCCUGGCUCUGUUUAUCUUCAUCUUUGUGUAUUUUAACAUGGACAUCCUGGAGCUUCCGCAUGAAGUGAUCUCCACCUUCCCUGCUCCAAGACCUCACCUGCAACACCACUUCUGCAGCUUCCAGCCACGGUCCCCUGAAGAUGCUCUGGAGGAACGCCUCCUAUUAGACUCCAUUGCUUGGCCUGAAACUCCAUCCUUGCCAGAUCCUCUUUCCCUGGAGCAGACCACCGAUCCUGCCCACAGCACCUUCACUAUUCUCCCAGAGAAGGGUGGACGACAGUGGCAUGUAGGGGAUCAGCUGGAAGUUAUGAUCAAAAUGUAUGACUUCCAGGGGCGUCCUAAGAAGUCUGGCGGAGACGUCUUACUUGCCCGUCUGCACAACCAAGCACUUAGUGCAGGUGUGUCUGGACAAGUGCUGGAUCAUCUCAAUGGCUCCUACUCUGCUGUAUUUUCUUUACUCUGGGAGGGAAGCGCACAGGUUGAGGUGACACUGGUUCACCCCAGUGAGGCUGUCACGGUGCUGCACAGGCUGACCAGAGAACAGCCAGAUAGGAUUUAUUUCGGGAGUGUCUUCCGCUCAGGCUCAGUCUCUGAAGAUACCACUUGUAAUGUCUGCCUGCGUCCGACCCAGCAGCCACUGUGCAACUACACUGACCUCAUUACAGGCGAGCCGUGGUUCUGCUACAAGCCGAAGACACUGAGCUGUGAUACCAGGGUCAGCAACUACAAUGCUGGGUUUAAUAAACAGCUCAAGGCUGAGGAGGAGAAGCUUUUUCAAAAUGAUGUCAACAUGAAAGUCUACAUUCAAGCUUCAGGAUCUGCUAGUGUCACCGUGUUGCCAAAACAUAAAGAUCAACCAGAGGUGAAGAGCAGCAUUGUGCAGUCUGGACCUGUUGGCUAUUUCUACCAGGGUGCGUGGCGAGCACUAAGUGGCACCACAGUCCGCCAGUUCAACACUCCUUCUGUCAUCAACCAAUGUCUGAAAGGCAAGGUGGUCCACCUGUAUGGCGACUCUACCAUCAGGCAGUGGUUUGAACAUCUCAACACAGUACUACCAGAUCUCAAGCAGUUUGACCUGCACAGUUCAGUUCGAGUUGGACCUUUCAUGGCUUUAGACUACGCAAACAACAUUUUGGUGAAUUUCCGAUUCCACGGUCCCCCUGUCCGUUCUAUUAGUGUCCCAGCCAGCCAGCUGCACUACAUUGCCAAUGAACUAGACCGUUUAGUUGGAGGCACCAACACCAUUGUAGUUUUUGGCAUCUGGGCACACUUCAGCACUUUCCCCAUCGAGGUCUACAUCCGGCGGCUGCAGAGCAUCCGCAGGGCGGUGGUGCGGCUGCUGGACAGGGCUCCAGGCACGCUGGUUUUAAUCCGGACUGCAAACCCCAAAACUAUGACGCUUGAUGCAGCGCUAACCAACAGCGACUGGUACUCACUGCAGCGUGACAAGGUACUCAGGGCCAUGUUCAAAGGACUGAAUGUUCAUCUGCUGGACAUCUGGGAGAUGGUCUUGGCCCACCACCUGCCACACGACCUCCAUCCACCACCUCCCAUUAUUACUAAUAUCAUUAAUGUUGUUUUGUCCUACAUAUGCCCUCAAAAGGGCAGCUAGAUGAGUAUUUGUUGGGUAUCUGCUAGUUGCUGAAAUACACCUACUAUUUUUCUAUUUUUAACCAGGGAAGUUGACAGAGCAUAAUAUACCUCAAAAAAAAAAGAAACAGAUCAGGAUGAAAAGCUGCUGCAGGUUGGAUCUUGAGUAGUUGUUGAGACUAAUUACAUGAAACUACUGCUGAAUGAAAUAGCUUAACAUAUACAACAUCAUGCUUUGUGACUUGGGAUUGUAAAGCACCAUCCUGGGAGAUGCAGGAUCACUUAACUGUAGAGGCCCAGUCCGUAAUUAGCUUGUCUAUGAUAAAUAGUAUAGUUUAGUUAUAAUAUAGCUUAGCUUAGCAGAAUGAAUGGAAACACUGGGAAAAGCAGCUAGCUUGGCUCUGUCCAAAGGUAAUAAAAGGUAUAAGCACCAUAAGCACCUCUAAAGCUCACUAACACACAUACAAUAUGUUGUUUGUUUCCGUACAAAAACAAAAGUAUAAAAAUGACAGUUUGUGCUAGUGUAUUUCUUGGCCCAUCACAGAGACUUCCUGGAGUCUCUACUGGUUGCCUGGCAACCCCAAAGUCAUUAAGUGCACCUUGAUUUUUGUACAUAUGAGAUAUAACAUUAAUAAAUGAGCUUUAGAGGUUCUGGUUGACCAGGUUUGUUACCUUUAGAAGUAGCAAAGCUAGUUGUUUCCAGUCUUUAUGCUAAGCUAAGCUAAUGUUUACAACACAAUUCUAAUUGAAUAGAUUUGUUAGACACAAUAAUAUUUCAGUUAAAGUUAAUAACACAUUAUCCCAAUAAUAAAUGCAAAUUUACCCUCUUUGUUAUGGCCCUGAGGCUGUAAUACUCUCCUAAACUUUGCCCAAGCUUUUACACGUAUGGUUCCUUAAGAGCUGAGGAGUAUUGAUAUUUGCAGACAAGGUACAAAAGGUCAAAAUAGGCUGUAUCCUAUUUCAGUACCAACAGACAUAGUCUAGACUGCAUUAUUUCAACUGACUGUAGCUUAGUGAGCAGCCAUGUAGAAACUUCAUUCUUUCUGACAGAGGUUUAACAAAACAAGUAAAUUUGACUCAAAAUGACUCCUGGGAUGGUUUAUGCACCAUAAACUGAUGUUAACCAGCAGUGUGAGAUUUUUCUCUCAGUUGACAGUCACUCAAGUAAGAAUAUAACUGCAAGUCAAUCAAUUUUUCAGGAAUGUAUAAUAACAGCCUUAGUAUUAAAUAAUAUCAAACUUUAUCUCAACAGCAGAAACAAAGACUAUUUUCAUGUAGUUUAUCAGAGUUUUGAUGCAAUAUUAAUAAAUUAAAUCUAAUUUAAAUAAGAUGCUGUGAAAUGUUUGCUGGGUUAUGUUGAUGGAACGUGGAAAAAUGUAAUUUCUUAGGUGUCAUACAUUUCUUUACUUUUAUUUUAUAUAUACAAAACCUAUGUAAAAACCAACUUGAACAACCAUAUUGAAUGUGGUGUAUUUUUGUUGUAUUUAUGUAAUAACAGUUUUCAGAUUAAAUCACUGAAGUGAAAUC